ACUGCAGGCGGUGGCCGGGUGAAGCGGCUGCUCUGGGGAGUCUGAUUUCCAGCCCUGUUUAUUAAUAACCCCCCCCCCGCCCCAUGCUAAGCCCAUGUGCAGUGCAAAGCCGGAGGCGCUGGGCUCCAGGGGAGGAAGGGACAUGAUGGCACAGGCUGAGCCCCCUCCAGAGCUGCAGCUGGAUGAAGCUGGAGCAUCCUCAGCCCCUCAGGGAGCAGCUGCAGGUGCUGCUCCACACGUGGAUCAUCCACACGUGGAUCAUCCACACACCCCGUUAGACCCAUCAGGGGGUGUGGGGGUGACAUCCCCACUCAGGGGCAGCCCAGACUCCAGCCAGGAGCUGCAGGCUACCAGCAGGGACACUCCCUUGGAGCUAAACAUGCCAGGGACCCAGCUGGACGAGGAUGCAGCCGGGGCUGGGAUCCCGCUGGAUGUGGACGUGGCAGGAGUCCCGCUGGACGUGGAUGCGGAAGGAGUGGGGAUUCCACUGGAUGUGGGUGGGGCAGCGAUCCCGCUGGACGCGGAUGCAGGUGGGACAGGAAUCCCACUGGACAUGGAUGCAGAUGGAGUAGAGAUUCCACUGGAUGUGGAUACAGGUGGGACAGGGAUCCCAGUGGAUGUGGAUGCAACAGGGAUCCCACAGGACUUGAAUGCAGGUGGGGCAGGGAUCCCACUGGAUGAGGAUGCAGAUGGAGCAGCAAUCCCACUGGACAUGGACACAGACAGGGCAGGGAUCCCAGACGAUGCAGACACAGACAGGGCAGAGGUUCCACUGGACAUGGAUGCAGAGGGAGCAGGAAGCCCUCUGGAUGCAGACGCCACAGAACAUCAGUGCCUGACCCUGGAAGAGCUGGGGAACUACUUCCAAGAGUGCAUUGAAAUCGUGGAGCAGCUGGAGAAGGAGAGAGACAGCCUGAUCUCGGAGCUGGCCCAGCUCCGGGAGCCGGCGCUGCAGGAGAUCCGCCAUGCCCACGAGGAGAUCCAGGCAGCCUGCAGGCUGCUGGCCAAGGUGGAGCUGGAGAGGGACAACCUGAGGGAUGAGAUCCGGCAGAUCAAGCAGAAGCUGUUCAGGGUGACCAAGGAGUGCGUGGCCUGCCAGUACCAGCUGGAGAGCCGGCGGCACGACCUGUCCCAGCACGCCGCCUACCAGGGCGAGCUGGAGACCCAGGCCGGGCAGCUCUCGGGGGAGCUGUCCCAGCUGAAGGAGACCUGCGAGAAGGAGAAGGAGGCUCUGAGGCAACGCCUGGAGGCCCCGCCGUGCCGGCAGGACAACCUGUACCUGCAGGAGAGCCGCCGGCUGUCCGUGGAGUUCGAGAGCUUCGUGGCGCAGAGCCGGCGGGGGCUGGAGGAGCACUACGAGCCCCAGCUGCUGCGGCUGCUGGAGCGGCGCGAGGCCGGGGCCAGGGCGCUGCAGGAGAUGCAGGGGGAGAUCCAGGGCAUGAAGGAGGCCCUGAGGCCCCUGCAGGGCGAGGUCAGCCGGCUGAGGCUGCAGAACCGCAGCCUGGAGGAGCAGAUCGUCCUCGUCAAGCAGAAGCGGGACGAGGAGGUCGGGCAGUACCGGGAGCAGGUUGAGGAGCUGGAAGACAGGCUGAAGGAGCUGAAGAACGGGGUCCAGCUCCAGCAGCGCAAGAACCAGGAGCUGGAGGAGCUGAGGACGAGCCUCCACAGGGAGCUCUCCAUCUACAAGAGCUGCCUGGAAAUCUAUGGACACCUUUGCAAAUCGGAGGAAAAGGCAGACCAGGACUGUUAGAACUAUGGAAUUUUCCUCUUUGUAGCAAAAACAAUGGACAGAGGAUCUACAAGGGAUGUCUCCUCGUGCUGCUUAUCCUGCCUGAAGCACAGCUGCUGCCUGGAGUCAGGAAUACCAGACAGUCCUUUCCCUGGGUGUGUUUCUCCAGGUGCUGCUGCUGCUGCUGCUCAUGUAGUAAAACUGCUUUUCCACAGAGGAGCAGAGCAAACAAUCCUUGCACUGAACAAUGGACACGGAUGAGGAAUAACAGAUUUAUGUUUUGCUGUGUUUGGGAAAACGUAUCUUGCCUUGUCCCAUAGAUGGAUUGUUUAAACCUGCACUGAAAGUUCUGGGGGGGUGGGGGUGUUGACUUUUAAAAGUUUACAUGCAAGAGAAGCUUUAUCCUUUGAACAGGAUUUUCUUUUGUAUUUCAAGGGUCUCUGCUGUACUGGGAUGUGCCCCACAGAAACAAGGUGGUGGGUAAGAGGUUUUCACUUUAUAUCGAGUCUCACACUGAAAAUAAAGGUCAGAGUUUA